CGCUAAAACCCAAUUUCAAAAUCAUACCCGAAAUCCCAAAAUCUCUUAUCUUUACCCAAUUUUGAGGGACGAGAUUGAUUGAUACGCCUAAAUUCAUCGAUACCGUCACCUCUGGUGUGGUAAAAAACCAUGUACUCCGCCUCCGCCGCCACCGUUACCGCUACCACCGCCGCCGAACGCCACACCUACUGGUGCCACGAGUGUGAUAUGAGCGUCACUUUGGUAUCCCCUUCUUCUUCUUCUUCUUCCUCUUCUUCCUCUCUUCUUUGCCCUCACUGCCUCACUGACUUCCUGGAACACAUGGAUUUCACCAUCCCCACUUCCUCUUCUUCAAUUUCCGAUCACCCCAACUCAUCUUCUUCCCCUCCAGAUUCCGAUCCAUCAUCCUUCGUCGUCGUCGACCCUAUUCCGAUCACUACCGAUGACAAUUACCUCCUUAACAGCCCUCAAUUCCUCCGUCUUUUUCAGCAGCUUGCAGAUUCAUCCGAUUCUGAUUUUGUCCCAUCUGUACCCUUCAACCCAUUUACUCCGAUCAAGGCCUCUGUCAUGGCGAUUCCCACUAUCAAAGUCACCUCCGCCUUGCUCGAGGAAGACCCAGUUCUAAUUUGUGCUAUUUGUAAGGAUCAGUUCCUUCUCGAGGUUGAAGCCAAACAGCUCCCCUGUUCUCAUCUUUAUCAUCCAGAUUGUAUUCUUCCUUGGCUUUCUAAUCAUGAUUCUUGCCCGCUUUGCCGUUUUAAGCUUCCCUCUGAUGACCCUUCUGAUCAUGUGAGAUGCAGACGGGCUACUACGGCUUUGUUGAGGGCUAGGGAUCUGAUACAUCAAGAAGAUAGUUAUGGGUUGAGGACUACUUUGGAACAUAUGGCUAGAAGGCAUAUUUCUAUAUAUAGUGAGGGAAUUCAAGUGGAUUUGUCUCAAUCAUCUACUCAAUUUGGGGUUGCUGAGAUGGGGAAUGGGGAGCAGACUGAUAGUGUUGAGACUGUUUCUAGUGUGGCUACAGAUGAUGGGAUUGUAAUUGUCAAUAGCAAUGGUGAUGAAAAUGGAUUUGUGGGAAUGGAUGGACCUAUAAAUGAGGAUGCUGGCACUGUAGUUUAGGAUAUUGGAGUUUCUCCUUCGAGUUUUGUUUCUGCAAAUUUGAGGUAAUAUAGUAGAAUAUAUGCUUGUUAGAGGAACCUACCCCAAGUAGAUGAUUGAUUGGAAGUGUAAAUUGCUACAGAGAUAGACUCUGCUAUCUUCUUCUUCUUCUUCCUCCUUAUUUUCUUCUCCUUUUUCAUCUUUGGUAACCAUGUCUCUACAUAAUAAGAGAUGAACUUUAUUUACAUUGUUAUCUUAUUCACCUAGCAAUGUUUCCCCUCUUCCCCAAUUCUCUCUUUCAGUCAUGAUUUGAGUCAUUGAGUAUA